CCAACAUCUAUUCAAUUCCAAUUCCCAAGCACAUGAGACUGAAUACAAUACGAAAUGCGUUUCAAAUUUCUCAUUCUCCCCCUCGUCACCCUCGGUCUGGCCUCCCCCGCCCCCGCGCCAUCCGGUGGGCUCCUAUCUGACCUGCCCGAUAUCGUCGACAACGUCAAAGACCUGCUUAGCCAGGACACCAUCGACGAUCUGCAGACGAUUGUCAAAGGCGGCGCCGUAUUGCUGGGGGGUGAUACGCCGCAGAAUCUCAAGAACCUUCUGUCCAAGGACAACAUCGACAAAUUGCAGGAUAUCAUCAGCAAUGCGCAUACUCUGAUCACGACGUCAUUUGUCAAUGAUACUUCGGAGCUAGUGGGGGAUGCAGCACCGUUGGUUGCCGAUGUCUCGAAGCUACUCGGAGGAAUACUAGCGUCUGUUUGAGAAUUAAAUGUAUUCACAUGGGCUAUGUACUAGGGCAUUAACAUUACAUACAUGAUAACCAAUAAAAUUGCAUUCAAACGACAUUUAGAUGUUUUCUCAAUUCCUUCAAAUAAUACUGCACCGGAUACCCCCUCACCGACUUAAGCAAUGCGGGAUAAACAGCUACCGAAAACCCCAUCGUAAACCGAUACAACCCCCUCG